AUGCAGUUGAGCAACAUUCUCUCAACUCUGAUGGCCGUAGGCCUUGCGGUUGCGCACCCAGGCCAUGAUGUCACCCAGGAGAUUACUGAACGUCGUGACUUUCUCGCCAGCAACAAGAACGACCUCAGCCAUUGCGCUGAUAAGCUCAAGGCUCGUGGCCUGGAGACUCGCAACAUUCAACGACGAUCUGACCUCGUCAAAGGGUUGCUGAAGAAGCGGGGCAUCCAGGCACCUCCGAGUCUGAACAAGUCACACGAGUCGACGCAGGCCUACACAGCAGCAACAGACAUGUCGGUCAUCUUUGCCAGCAACAAGUCUUGCAUCUUGAGCCCGGAGCAGAUAGAUGGACCUUAUUAUGUGGCAGGUGAGGCCAUCCGCCAAGACGUGGUCGAGGACCAGAAGGGAGUACCUCUCGCGCUCGACAUUCAGAUUGUCGACAUGGACACUUGCGAGCCAGUCACUGGCGCAUAUCUAGACAUUUGGCACUGCAACUCCACCGGAGUCUAUGGAGGUGUCGCUGUUUUUGGCAACGGAGUCGGUAGCUCGGACAAAUCGAACCUCAACAACACCUGGCUGCGCGGUGCCCAGAAGACCGACAAAGACGGCGCCGUGCAAUUCUCGACUCUCUUCCCGGGCUUCUAUCAAGGCCGCGCAACCCAUAUCCACGUGGCAGUGCACCUCAAUGCCACACCGCUAGCAAACGGCACCCUCAUUGACACGACCGCCGCGCACGUGGGCCAGAUGUACUUUGACCAAGACCUGAUCGCAGAGGUCAACAAGCUCGCCCCCUACACCGGCAACAAGCAACGCUUCACCACGAAUGCGCAGGACCUGGUUCUCAACGGUGUGCACGGCGACUCGGAUCCGAUCAUGGAGUACACACGCCUAGGCGAAGGUUUGGAGGAUGGACUGUUGGCCUGGCUUAGCAUUGGGAUCAACAGGACCUACGUGCAUGAAAUCAGACCUGCUGCGACGCAUUUUGAGACAGGCGGCGAGCCGAACCAAAAUGGUGGCAUGUUUCCGGGAGGUCCAUUUCCGUCUGGCUUUCCUACCGGAGGCCUUCCGCCUGGCAUGUCUUGGUUCCCUCCGAUGCCGACUUCCUCAUCGACAUCAACACCAUAA